AUGGAAGCUACAAAAAGGAUUUCGGCUGCGUGCCCGGUUUGGGAUACGAAAAAACCUCAUAUUAUUGAUGAGGCGAACUAUAGGCAUUUGUGGGUCAAGUAUUUGAUUGAUGAGAGUGGGAGAAACUGGCUAAAGCAUAGGAAUUUUGAUGGAGUAUGGAGACCAGAGCUCAGCAUUGUGCAGGCCGCGGUCAAGGCAUGGUCAGAAACAGAGGAGCAGGGCGCUUGCUCGAGGAUUUCCCGACAGAGUGGACUAGCUAGGUCUAUUUGGCAGUUCAGUGUGGGUGCGGGUGUUGUGAGGGCUCAGUGCAUUGUUGCUGCCUGUAGCCGUGUUGUUGUUAGUCACGAUUCUUUCUGGCUUUGGCCCUCGACGUUUCGGGCGACCUACGUUAUAACAUAA